UCAUAAAUUGAGGCACACUGAGAAGUCGCUUUAAUUGAUACUAUGUCAAAGGCGUGUUUUCUUUUAUUUCGUGUUUGAGAUUGAAGUACGUCAUUGUUUACAUCCGACCGGCUACUUGUAGACACGUGCACGUGCACACGCAGCAGUUCACUUGCUAACAGCAUUAGCCGACCUGUGAACGAAAAUCUACAACCGUCACCUCUCAGUGAUGGAGUAUCUGCUUCCAGUGUGCUUGUGUGAAUUUGACGAAAUAUUUUACAGGAGUAAUAGUUUUGUUGAUGAACGAGCAUGCUAGUUCGUUAGCCAGUCGGUGUUUACCGUCAGAGAUGGUAUUAGCUAAAUCAAAUGCGGUUUGGUGUGACGCAUUUUCGCCUUCGCUGUGUUUCUCUGUUAUCUUAGAGAUCGUCUUGAGCAAUCUGUACAUGUACACUUUGUGACUGCAAGUGAAGCGGUUACACAUUUCAUCUUAAUUCAGCGACACACUGUCCUUGAAACCACCAAUAAUGUCUUCCGGUUGUUUCUUUAUGUCCUUAUUUUAAAUGUUACCAGUCUUAGCAGCAAUAGAAUGAAUGUUUAGCACUUUUUAGUGACUUCCAGAAUUUUGUCUGAGUUGAGCUAGUUGGAGUGUUUUGUCUUUAAUGCUAGAGAAUUGGCCACCCUAGUGUCGUGUUUACAUCACAGCUGGAGUUACUGACUUUAUUGGACCCAGGAAUUAAUUGAAACUGUUGUUCCCUCUGAUGGUAAAAGGACAGGUUUGGACAGGCUGUGUUGUUGAAGAGCAGCAGUACAGUUAACAUGGUUGAUUAUUUAUUCCUAUGACUAUUUUCAUUUUAAUUUGUGAGGAAACUGUUUUAGUCUUGUAAAAAGAGAGUUGUCUUUUUCUAUAAUAAUACAGCACUUACAGUGGCUCUGAGCUGAGUGGAGCUUUAAUUAGAUAGAUUAAAUAAAACCAGUCACCAUUGUCGAUGGAUUGUGACUGUUCUGCUGCUUAAGAACAUGUUAAAUCCCACCUCAGCAAAGAACCAUCGGUCAUUUGUCACCUCCUUGUUCCUGUGUGCUUCCAUACUUUGAACACAUAACUGUUGCCCCUCACCAGGCUUUAAGACUCUACUUUCUGUCCCUCUAAUCCCCAGUGGUCGGCUUGUGACCAUGUAGCGUGGCGUUUAUGCAGCGUGCACGGCCAGGGGGCCAAUCAUCUCCAGCCAUCAUGGCACAGACACGCAGGACUGGACAGAGCAAUGGGCCGGUGCUCCUUCCAUGUCCUUGUGUGUGUGUGUGUGUGUGUGUGUGUGUGUGUGUGUGUGAGGCAGAGAAAGACGGAUUUAGAAAAUUAACAACGCAGUGUUUUAUAGAGUGCAGUGAGUAGAUUUACCAGUUUCUAACAUAGUUGUUCUAGGCUGAGUUUUGUCUUUAGAUGUUGUUGAAACCAUCACCUGCCAGGCGAUAAGCCUCGGUUCACUAUUGUUUCCUAUCAGCACGGUCCUGAUGGAAAAAACUGCAGGUUCAAGUCGUACUGCACAUGAGUCAUGCUCUCUCAACUUUGCUAACAAGGUCUUAUGGUUUUGAGAACAAAAAUCAGCCUCUGGAUGCCACCGACUCCUCUGCUGUGAGCAAAGCGAAUGUGUGGUCUUUGGGGUAAAUGUAUAGCUCCAUCCAAGACUUCAAGAUGUUAGAAGAUGAUCUCUACCGAGAGGAUGGAGGAGACUCUGAAGUGUCGGAGAUCAACAGUGAACUGGAGUUCCACCUCUACAGCCAGCUUCACUACUCCUCCAAUGCUCUGGAGCUGGAGGAUGAUGAAGAGAAGAUUUUGGAGGACCAGCAACUGCUCGAGAAGACCAAAGACGGUGACGGAAAACCGGAAUUUCCCAAAGACAGCAAGCCUCCAUCACCUGAUGAUCACAGUUACCAGCAACACCUGAAGAAAAAAAAAGUUGUGAAACAGAAGAAGAGACAAACUGUCUCCAAAGGUCUGAAGCUGUCAUCAUCUGCCUUUGAAGAGGUUAUUGUGAUUGACUCCAGCCCAGUCGUCAUCUCCAUCUCUGAGAGUGAUUCUUCAAAUGAUGAUGGCAUCUGUGCCAUGAAGACCUCAACUCCAGGUCGACAGGAAAUCCAGAUUAGGAAAAGCAGUCUUGGAGUCCCAGUGACGGUGAUUUCCAGCAGCUCAGACACUUCAGAAUCUGAAUCAGACACUGAUUCAUCAGACUCAGAGGGUUCAGAUGAUCUAGAGAACUGGAUGAUCCUUGGUCAAGGGAUGCAGGAUGGAGACCAGUCCAUCUCACUCAACCUGGAAGCAGGGUCUGACUACAGCACAGAAGAUAAAGAAGGAGGAGGAGGAGGAGAAGUUGGCUGGUUUCAGACAAAGACAAAGAGGUAGGUUCCAGAUGCAAUGUUACUACAUUUAAUUAGAAUAAUUUGUUUUCAGUUUGCAGGCACAUUCAGACUCUUUGGUUACCCAAGGACAUUUUGAGGUCUUAAGAAGUUGCUUUUGAGAAGCGGGGGAAUUAGUUCACUCAGUAACACAAAACGUCUGUAGCGAAGGCAAAUCUAUUAUUUAUUUGAUAUUCUGUAUAAAUAUACAAUAUUACCUUGCUUCAUCUUUAUUGUAAAUAUCAGAAGAUUAUUGGG